CUGUACAAGCUUUUAGUCUACUGUAUAUUGGUGUUUGACAAGUCUACAUACAUUUAUAUACGCUCUAAGUCUGUUGGUGUAUUAUACCCAUACUGAGCUGUAACAUCUGAGAAAUAUAAACUCAUCAUACCACGUGAACGAUGGCGGGUUCAAAACCUGACGUGGAUAAAAUAAUUGAACAACUCCUAUCUGUGAAGAACAACAGACCAGGCAAGGAAGUUCGUCUAUCCCUCGAUGACGUCACAUUCCUGCUGGACACGGUCAAGCCCAUCCUGCUGGGCCAGCCUAUCUUGCUGGAACUGGACGCCCCCCUGACCAUCUGUGGCGACAUCCACGGCCAGUUCUACGAUCUGCUGCACCUGUUUGAAAUCGGUGGCUUCCCGCCCGAGACGAAUUAUCUUUUCCUGGGGGAUUACGUCGACAGGGGCCACAACUCCGUAGAAGUGAUGUGUCUACUGUUUGCGUACAAGAUCAAAUACGAAGUGAAUUUUUUUCUUCUCCGCGGCAACCACGAGUCUCCAUCCAUCAACCAGAUGUACGGGUUCUACGCCGAGGUAAAGCGGCGCUACAAUAUCAAACUCUGGAAGAAAUUCAACGAAGUGUUUGAUUGCCUUCCUUUAGCUGCUGUUGUUGACGAUAAGAUUUUUUGCUGUCAUGGCGGCUUGAGUCCAGAGUUAACGUCCCUGAGUCAAAUUCGCCGCAUUAGCCGCCCGCUAGAGGUCCCUGACGAAGGUCUCGUCACGGACCUGCUCUGGGCCGACCCUCACCCUGACCCCGCCGCACGCGGCUGGCACUACAAUGACGUCAGGUGUACGUCAUACAUGUUCGGCGUGGACACGGUGGAGAAGUUUCUAGAAAACAACGACCUUGAGCUGGUUUGCCGCGCGCAUGACGUCCGACCGGACGGGUACGAUUUUUUCGGCAAGCGGCAACUGGUCACGGUGUUCUCGGCACCGAACUACAGUUUCCAGGAGAACUGCGGCGCCAUCAUGACCGUCAGCGCCGACCUGGAGUGUGCAUUCAAGAUACUCAAACCUCUCAACAGGAAGCCCAUCUAUCGCUACGAGGGGGGACUGAGGACGGGGGGUAAAGGAUUCGGCCAGGAGAAAGCUGGUUCUAGAGACUCGGACAGGAAUACGAGACGGGAGCCACGUGACCUGGGUCCUGGUGACAUGCAAGACGGGAGACUCACAAACACUGGGAGCCCCGAAAACAGAACUGAAGGCCCCGAAGAUAAAAAUACCGGGAGUACAGAUGACCUUCACCUUUUGCAUGCAAGACAGGAACCAGGUGACGUCACAGAAGACACGCCUGUUCAGACCAGCCUGAGUCGCAGACACACCUUCAGCGAGGGUGUCGUUAAAAUCAGCACGACCUCGUUCUGGGAGCGGCGGCUCAAGUCGAGGCUCGUACAACGACCCAACAGUGUAUCUAACUAG